AUGCACGUCCCUUGGCUGCUGGCCACCGGCGUAGCACUGUGUGCUGCUGCCGGAUCGCUGCCUUCGCACCAAGUGACGGACUUGUCUGAAGAGGCCCGAUCUCACUACUUUGCUUCGCAGUACGCGGGCGCUCACGAAGCUGUGGAUGCUGCCCUUGCACUUCUGCGCUCCCUCACACGCGGCACCCUACAUGGCUCUACAUAUGCCGUGGAAGAGGUGCCCCUAUCUUCUUUUCGUUCCCAGCUAGCUUCCUGGCUCUCUUGGUGGCUGCAUCCGCCUCAGCAUCGGCGCCGCGCCGCGCACACAUACUAUGACAUGCCUGAAACACCCCUCUGGCCUGAUUGGGAUUUUGACGCGGAUUCACACACCACAUUUCCCGUUAUCAAUGGAUGGGAACAGGCCAUGUGGGGCACAGCGCCCGCGUUCCCUGACAGCGUGUCUCAAUCCAUCAAUGAGUCGCUCGCAGCUGGCUUGUAUCGACGCACGCACAAAAAACAGACAUUGAUCGACAUGCUUCGUGGCCCCAUCACCACCAAGCUCGUGUCUCGUGAUUCACCGACAGACUCGACGAGGGAGCAUGCUCUGCAGCUGCUCACAUGGGCUGCCGAUCUCCUGUCAUCCGAUGCACUGUGGAUCCUGGGCGAACAUUACCUGUGGGGCACGCACGGUGCACAGCCCGACAUUGAGAAAGCGCGGCAAGCGUAUGAACGCCUCGCUCUGAUGGGGAAUGCGACGGCGCAUGCACGUCUCGGCUACCUGUAUUCGAGUCGCUUUAUGGCCGAUAUGUAUGGUGCACCGCAGUCCAACGCCGAGGCUCUGGAGCACUAUGAGCUCGCUGCAAGCAGUGGCAACUGGCACGCGAUCAAUGCCUUAGCAUUUCGUCUGCGGUAUGGCAUCGGCUUAAGCCAGAAUUGUACACGCAGCCUGGAACUAUCUGACCAAGUGGCCACGCAGACAUACGCGCAGUACCUGGACGGCCCACCAGGUGGCCGGACGCUUCCCUACUCCAAGGUUCGCCUGAGUGAUCGCGCCUGGUUCAUGCUCGGAGAAAAGCCCCUCCUGUCGGAACGAGAUAUGCGCGUACACAUGUCACCGCCGGCCUGGGUGUCCCAUUUUCCAUCGGGGCCGAUCAACUAUCGAGCUGCUCUCGUCCAGCCAGAUGCUAUGGAUACCCUCCUUGCCCACCACACCAGCAAGGUCGACGAGCAAGACGCUGUCAAAACGCUCGAAUAUGCACGAUACCUCUACUAUGGCAGCAUUCUGAGCGACCACGACGCACUUGGUGCUAUACAUCCAAAUCACACGCUAGCUGCUCAACUUGCGUAUACCUUGGCCGUGCAGCGCUGGCCGACACCCAUCACGAUACAGGAUAAUGACAAUCCUCAUGAAAUGCGCGACAAAGCUGCAUCGAUGCUCACCACGCAGCCGAUGCCCGAGGAGCAAGCACAGAUCGCCGCUAGUGCAGCCGCUCUUCUGGGCCUGAUGUAUUUGCGUGGCGAAGGCGUGCCACAAGAUGCCGAGAUCGCCAGUAUAUGGCUAGCGCGUGCGUCUGAAGCGAAAGAUCCACUCGGCAUGACGUCUAUGAUCAUGAUGUACUUGAACGGCUACGGCGGCCCUGCCAAGGACGAGAAGAAGAAUCGUGCGUAUGAUCAUUAUGUCACGCAGUACCUUGACAUCUUUCACCCUGAGCUGAUUUUGGCCAAGUCGGAGCUGGGGAAGUACGAAUUUCGUCAGAACAACACAGACAAAGCGCAUUUGCUAUUCAAACGUGCCCGCAAUGCUAUUCAGCUAAGCUCGCAGAUGCCCGGACGCUAUUUCCUCAUGAGCAAGUUUGAGCCAUACUAUCUCAGUGCGCGCCUCAGUGUCGACAAACUCUACCGCGAGCGCCAUUAUGAUGGAUGCCCGACGUGGAGUAUCGAGUCGUUCCGCGUAUUUGCUCAUCGUGCGGACUGGUCUGAUCCGAUGUAUCAUCGCGGCGAGGCUGCCAUGGAUCGCGGCGAUGUAUCGACGGCGCUUCGCGCCUGGUCUAUUGCCGCUGAGGCCGGCAUGGAAGAGGCACAAGACAAUAUCGCCUACUUCCUCGAUCCCUAUGUCCACGGCCCGCUUUCGGACAGCGACCAGAUCUUUUUGCACACCGAGUCUCGGAGGGAGCCCUCGAGCUACGUGCAUCACAUGGGUGAAUUAGCGCACCACUACUGGACACUGAGUGCCAAGCAAGAAAGUGCUUAUGCCAGGCUCAUGCUAUGUGACUACUUGAAGCGGCACUCGCCGGACGAUGUCCAAAGGGUAGCCACAUGCUACAAGGCGAUCGACAGCUACCAUGCCCGUAUGCGACUAGCGCAAUGGCAAAUCGAGCGCGAACAUGACUUUGUACUCGCCAAGCAAGCUAAUGAGCGUCUCAGCCCUUAUGUACAGCUAGGCGCCAACCCUGCCUGGCCCCAGAUGGCCUCGUGCCUCCGCCUCUACGUGUAUGCCCUAGCAGCGUGGGCCCUUGUGAAGGGCGACGCCUCAGCACAGCACUUGUUUGGCAUCCACCGUAUACCCCUCGUUUCGGACGUCGUGCUAUUCACGACGGGCAUCGUGGGCCUGGCUACGCUGGCGCUCGUUCGACGGCGUCUGCUUCGAGGCCUGCGCGACAUGCCACGUACCUAA